AUGGCAAACUCCUCCACAAGUUUUAUUAACCUUUUAGCGAGCCAAGGGGUUAUUGACCUUGACUCAUCGGAACCUCCGUUCGUUAGCAGCGAAGGGGUAGCCACCCAAUGUUCCGAUGAGGCUACGGUCAAAGAGAGGAGAAAAUGGACACCAAAGGAGGAUAUAAUCCUCAUUGGUGCUUGGCUCAACACGAGCAAAGACCCAAUAGUCAGUAACGAACAGAAAGGCCUUGCGUUCUGGAAGAGGAUACUAGACGACUACAACUCCAGCCCUUUACUGGUUGGUACAAUCCCCCGCGAACUAGGGCAAGUGAAGCAACGAUGGGCCAGGAUCAACGAUGUGGUGUGUAAGUUUUGUGGUAGCUACGAGAUGGCACAGAGGGAGCAGAGAAGCGGGCAAAAUGACAACGAUGUGAUGAAGGCUGCAUUGGAGAUCUUCUUCAAUGACAAGGGCUUUAAGUUCAACUUGGAACAUGCCUGGAGAGAGCUUAGGCAUGAUGUCAAAUGGUGCUCCACCUCUCUCGGGAAGGACAAUGGGAAAGACAAGCGCAAAACAGGUGCUUCAGAUGCGGGAGGGUCAGUGACAGAGCCACAAGAGAGACCCAUAGGAGUGAAGGCAGCUAAGGCUGCUGGUAAGAGGAAGAAAUUAGGAAAAGAAGAAGAAUUAGGACAACUUAAAGAUUUGAUGGAGACCAAAAAGCAAAUCUCAGAUCAGAGUUUGUUUGCAAGCUUGUUUGCUAAAACCGACCCACUGACUGAGAUGGAAAUAGCUUUGAAAAUGAAAUUAAUGUCUCAGAUGUUGUGA